GUAGCAACGGAAAGGUUGGAAUUGUCUUCAAUAUUUAUAAAAAUGGAAGAGAAGGAUAAUAAGGAGGUUCCCUUGGUUGAGUUUUUAUCCCUUAAGAGGGAAAAGGAAGACCGAAAACGAAUGCCCUGGUAUUAUGCCCCAUCAUUCUUGCUGCUUUGGCUGGCCAUGUUCCAUGCCAUUGUAAUACCACUUUUCAACAGACUCCCAGACAAGGUUACUCUUUCUGAGGAACCGCAGAGGCCUGGAGAAUUUGUGGGGGAGCGUGCCCAGAUGCAACUAUUCGAUUUCGAUCGCAUUGGCGUUAAAUAUGUCGGAAGUACUGCAAAUGAGGUGAAAACUGUUGAGUUUUUGGUGAACGAAGUGGAGAAGAUCCGUUCAAAAAUGAAAACUGAUCUCUACGACCUGGAGGUGGACGUACAAUGUUCAAAGGGCGGUUAUGUUCUGAGCAAGAUCAGCUUAUACCAGGGCAUACAAAAUGUAGUGGUAAAGCUGAGUGCCAAAAGUUUUCCGAGUGACUCCUAUUUACUUCUCAACAGCCAUUUUGAUUCAAAGCCAAGUACACCUGGCUCCGGUGAUGAUGGCACUAUGGUUGUUGUAAUGUUAGAGGUGUUGCGCCAAAUGGCUCUAUCUAAGACCCCUUUCGAAUAUCCCAUUGUGUUUUUGUUUAAUGGGGCUGAGGAAAAUGGACUUAUGGGCUCCCAUGCUUUUAUUACGCAACACAAAUGGGCAGCCAAUUGCAAAGCCUAUAUUAACUUGGAGGUAGGAGGCAGUGGUGGUCGAGAUCUGUUAUUCCAGAGCGGCCCCAAGCACUCUUGGCUUAUGAAGUACUACAGAUCUUAUGCAAAACAUCCAUUUGCCACUACCGUGGCCGAGGAGAUAUUUCAAAGUGGCAUCUUACCCUCCGACACAGAUUUUCGUAUAUUUCGUGAUUUUGGAAAGAUUCCUGGUCUGGACAUUGCUCAGGCCAAGAAUGGUUAUAUUUACCACACUAUCUUUGAUAGUUAUAAGAACGUGCCAGGAAGAUCCAUUCAAAAUACUGGAAACAAUGUUCUGUCCAUGGUUCAGGCCUUUUCAAAUGCAACGGAAUUAAAUGAAAUCGAGACCUAUAAAGAUGAUGGACAUUCUGUCUUUUUUGAUUAUCUGGGACUUUUCUUUGUUUUCUAUACGGAAGAGGCUGGAAUAAUAUUGAAUAGCGUUAUUGGCGUUUUCGGUUUGAUUCUGGUAGGAUGGUCCCUUUGGACGAUGUCCCAGAAGUCUCUGGAGGUGUCACUCAAGCAAACAUUCCUUUGGUUUUCCAUUAUCCUGGUACUUCAUGUGAUUGGAGUUCUUCUAUGCAUAUUGUUUCCCCUGAUAAUGGCUGUUGCAUUUGAUGCUGGAGAUCGAUCGCUUACCUAUUUUACGAAUAAUUGGCUGGUUUUUGGUCUCUAUAUCUGCCCGGCAGUCAUCGGUCUGGUUAUACCCCAAACACUCUACUAUACCUUAAGACCAAAUAAAAAACUAAGCUUUGCUUACCAAAUCCAAAUGGGUCUUCAUGCUCAUUUAUUGGUUGUGACCCUAAUUGUUUUUAUUGCGACCGCCUUGGGUUUUCGGUCGGAGUACUCCUGUUUAAUGUCAAUGAUUUUCUACAGUGGAGCUCUACUGAUUAAUCUUCUGAGCAAACUUCAUAAUAAGGGCUACUAUUGGACUCUGAUAGUUUUGUGUCUUCAGGUCUUUCCGUUUUGUUAUUUUUGUUACCUCUUUUACUUGCUCUUGGUUAUAUUCAUCCCCAUUCUUGGUCGAAGUGGUAGUGCCUCGAAUCCUGAUCUCAUCAUAGCCCUCGUGUGUGGCUGCGGUGUCCUUUUUGCCCUCGGGUUUUCUGCACAAUUUAUAAAUAUGUUCCGAUGGCCAAAAUUAAUUCUUCUUGGACUCGGAGUGGUUACUUUCAUUUUCUGUAUGCUUGCUGUAUCAGAAGUUGGAUUUCCUUAUCGUGCAAAGACCAAUGUGAUGCGUAUAAGUUGUUUGCACACGCGACGGGUUUUUUACGAAUAUGAUGGCUCUGUGAGUCACGAAGAUUCUGGCUAUUACUUCAACUACCAGGACAGGCGUGGCUUGAGCCCUUUAAAGGAUUCUGUCCUCAAUUUCACGGGUCUGGUGCCCGUGUCGUCUUUCUGCGAUGACUAUGUAAUGUGUGGAGUUCCCUGCUUUGCCUGGUGUGGCUGGCGGAAGAGGGAUGGGUGGCUUCCCCGCGAAUCCGAGGUCGUAAUUCCAGGGGAAUUCAACCUGAACUUCUUGGAAAAAACUGUUUUGGAGGUGAAUGGAACAGUUCGGCUUCAUUUCCAGCUCUAUGGAGCUCCGCACAUGAAUAUAUUCAUUCAACCAGUGGGUUCUGCUACGAUUAAGGACUGGUCCUUUGAUCGAAACAUGAUAGACAAUCCGGAGAACUUCGACUUACCUUACCAGGUCUACUUGGCUUGUGGGAGAGACAGAAGUCCUUUGGAGUUCUACAUCGAAAUGGAGAAUUCUAAUAAGGAUUACAAUGUUCCCAUCCUGGAGCUGGCCGUUGUUGGACAAUUUAUCACCUACGAUUAUGAACGGGAUGCCGAGUCGCAGCGUUUUGUAUCGAAGUUCCCCGACUUUGUUCAUGUCACAGAGUGGCCAGCAAUAUAUAAGCGGUAUAUAUUCUAAGAUUUUCGGGUAUCGCAGGUGCUUAACAUUGCAAUAAAUUUUUAUCCAUUACCUGCCUGACCAUUUUUACCAAAAA